AUGGCGACCAGCUCCUGCCUUCUGCUCCUGGUUCUGUAUCUUGCAAGCAGCAGAGCAGAGAACGCAGAGGAGCGGCUGGUCAACCAUCUGCUGAGUCCAGAGCGCUACAACAAACUAAUCCGACCGGCGGUGAACAAGAGCCAACAGGUCACCAUCUCCAUUCAGGUGUCUCUGUCCCAGCUCAUCAGCGUGAACGAAAGAGAACAGAUAAUGACGACCAACGUGUGGCUCUUCCAGGAGUGGAACGACUACAGGCUCAGGUGGGACCCAGAAAAAUAUGGCGGCAUCAAGAAGCUGCGGAUACCAUCCAAACUCAUCUGGCUCCCGGAUAUUGUGCUGUACAACAAUGCGGACGGCGUGUACGAAGUCUCCUUUUACUGCAACGCUGUGGUCUCCAACUCGGGGGACAUCUUCUGGCUGCCCCCGGCCAUCUACAAGUCGGCGUGUCCCAUCGAGGUGCAGUACUUCCCCUUCGACCAGCAAAACUGCACCCUGAAGUUCCGCUCGUGGACCUACGACCACACGGAGAUCGACGUGGUCCUAACCAGCGACUACGCCAGCAGGGACGACUUCACCCCCAGCGGGGAGUGGGACAUCGUGUCGCUGCCCGCCCGCAAGAACGAAGACCCCAACGACGAGACGUACCUGGACAUCACCUACGACUUCAUCAUUCAGAGGAAGCCACUUUUUUACACCAUCAACAUGAUCAUUCCCUGUAUUCUGAUCACGUCUCUGGCCAUUUUGGUUUUCUACCUGCCGUCAGACUGCAGGGAGAAGAUGACGCUGUGUAUCUCUGUUCUGCUGGCUCUCACUGUGUUCCUGCUGCUAAUAUCAAAGAUCGUGCCGCCCACCUCGGUGGCAGUGCCCCUCAUAGGUAAAUACUUGAUGUUCACUAUGGUCCUGGUCACGUUCUCCACCGUGUCCUGCGCCUGCGUCCUGAACGUCCACCACCGGUCGCCCUCGACACACUACAUGCCCGACUGGGUCAAACGCAUCUUCUUGGUCCGCCUUCCCUACUUCCUCUUCAUGACCCGCCCGCGAUCCAACAACCGGGACAAACUCAAGGCCAAGUUCCCCGUCCACAGCAGCACCACGCUCAACUCCCAGCUCUCCAGCAUGAGACUGGGAGGGGAAUUCUACGCCCAGGAGUUCUGCUGGAAGGGGACCGAGCUGCCCGAAGGAGGGGGCGGCUUCUCGGACGUCCGGGCCCUGGGUCACCCGCUGGACCCCGCCAUAGAGGAGGCUGUGGAGGGGGUCAAGUACAUCGCGGAACACAUGAAGACCGAAGAGGACGACGAAGGGAUCAUCCAGGACUGGAAGUACGUGGCCAUGGUGAUCGACCGCAUGUUCUUGUGGAUCUUCAUCUUGGUGUGCGUGGUGGGGACCCUGGGCCUCUUCAUGCAGCCGCUGUUUCAGAGCUGGAACAGGCCUUCAGCCGACGACAUGGAGUAUGGAGAUUUCUAG